CUCAAUUGCAAAUGAGUUACUCCGUGAGUGCAUUUUUAAAAUUUCAUAAAAUUUAUAUGCCGCUUUUAGAAAAAAAAACUCAAAGCAGUUCCAUUACACUUCAGCAAUGGAAUUUCCCCCUUUCCUUCCUCACCCCUUUGCAGCAUGCCUAUCCUAGUUCUGUUCCAGAGGGUGGGGAGCCCUCAAACAGAUUCAGGGGGGAGUUCAGUUGCCUCAGAAUAAAUCCUUCCAUUACAGGAACAAGCUACUUAGUACUACACUAGAUACCUUUCAUAGUUCUCUGCUCCAUAGCAGCUGUGAUUUUUCACAGUUUAGUAUGUGGAUAGAAUCUCUGAUUUCAUCAUGGUUUGGGGGGAAAGCAUGUAAAAAUCACAUAAAUUCACAAGGAUCUAUGGCUUGAAUUUAUGUUUUGCAGGGCAGUGAAUCCCUAAAUCUGUGGUGGGGUUUUGUGCUGCAAUAUUUUGAUCUAGGAGUGUUAAGGAGUGGACAGUUGUUUUGUAGGAUUUCCCUAUAAAAAUUCCAGAGGAUCCAUGAUCUGGAUUCACGUUUUUGCACCAUGGCAGCACCAUGAAGUGGGUUUUAUUGCUCAGUUUGUGAGCAUGAUGACUUCUGGGAGUAUCCUGUAUAAAAUUUCUGAGCGUCCGUGACACGUGACACAACACAUUGCGGGAUCCAUGGCUUCUGAGGUGCAAUUCAUUGUAAGGAUGUGUGAUCUGUGAUUUGAGUCACUUUGGAGGGAACCAACCGUAAAAAUCCAUAGGUCCAUAAAGAUCAGUGGCAGCCCCACAUGUUGAUAACAGAUACGCACUUUUGUUGCUGCUGCUGUUGCCUUUACCAUUCUUUCUGUCUAAAUACCCAGAGGAUCCCUGCCUUGCGCCAUGAUUCACGACUCCCACCCCAGUGUGCUAUAGUAAUAUUUAUUUAUUUACAGUAUGCCCCACUUUUUUCCCCUGGCAGGGACUCGAGGCAGCUGACAGCUAAAACAAGAACUGCUGAAAACACGGGCGGAGGGGCGGGGACAAGCACCCAAUCACAACAAAAACAGCAGGGCACCAGUCAGUUCCCCAAAGCUUGUCUUCACCUGCGGGCGGAAGCACUGUAGGGAGGAAACCAGUCUAACUGCCCUAGGGAGGGACUCGCAGACGCUCCCUUUCUGCCUGGCUGGGAGUGGGACCCCCUAGGGCGGAGCCGGCUUCGCCUGCCUGCCUUCUCCCCGCCUGGCCCAGAUCGCGACUCCUCCUGCGCGCCAACCCCGGCUUCGAGAGCUAGCGAGCGCGGCUGCCUCCUCUCCGUCUUCGCGGCCCGCCCUUUCGUGCUGCUUCCGCGCCGCGUCCGACUCCAGGAACAGGCUGCGGCGGGCGCUAUGGAGCUGGAGAGCCUGCGCGCCGAGGAGGAGCGGGAAGCCCGGUCCCAGGAGGAAGAAAAGGGCGAGGAGGAAGGCCGGAAUCGUGCGGCCUGCCUGAGCUGCGACGGCCUCCACGCCACGGUGUCCAAGUGGAUGCUCCCGGAGGAUUCCCGGGCCACCUAUCUGGAGAGAGCGAACUGCAUCCCGCCGCCCCUCUUCAUCCUGGGCAUCAGCGUGGCUGAGGUGGUCGUGUUCAUUUAUUACGCGGUUUCGAAGCCCCAGAGUCAGUGGCUCACCCUAGACUGGGAAAGCAACCAGAACAGUCCUUUUAUUUACAGGCCUGACAAAAGGAAGGAAGCCUGGAGAUUCUUGUCUUACAUGCUGGUGCAUGCUGGCAUUGAACAUAUCUUAGGAAACCUUUUCCUGCAGCUUCUCUUGGGGAUCCCCCUAGAACUGGUUCACAAAGGUCACAGAGUUGGGUUGGUCUAUAUGGCAGGAGUGCUUGCAGGUUCCUUGGCAAGCUCAGUCUGUGAUCCUCUCCAGGGCCUGGUAGGAGCAUCAGGAGGCGUCUAUGCUCUCAUAGGAGGAUACUUCAUGAAUAUUCUAGUGAACUUCCGAGAAAUGAUUCCGCUCUUUGGAGUUGUCAGAUUACUCUCCAUACUCCUCAUAGUUGGAACUGACGUGGGAUUUGCUUUGUACAGAAGAUUUAUUCCUGAUAAGUCUGCGCCUCAGGUUUCCUUUGUGGCCCACAUUGCCGGAGGCCUUGCUGGGAUGUCAAUAGGCUAUGUCAUAUUCAGCUGUUUUGAUAAGAAUUUCAUUAAAGAUCCUCGAUUCUGGGUCUGCAUAAUUGCUUACUUGGCAUUUGUAGUGUUUGCUGUAUUGUUCAAUGUGUUUUUUUCACCAGCAAACCAAUAGAAUACGUCACCUGACAAUGGCUAGGCAAAGCUUGAAAGGACAAUAUGAAGUGAUUUUCUUUUCUAUGGGUGAUAUUUCAUUGCAACAGUGGUUUUUGUUGUUGUUGUUUUUAAAAAUAAUCACUAUCUUGCCAAAUUCAAAUGUUGCACUUCAGUGCUCUGAAAAUAUUUCUAUUGUAUUUUAAUAUUAAACUGCAAUGCAUUU